UCCGGUUCUCAGCGCCUGCUCGGACCCCAGCUUUGCUCCGGAGCGACGAGGUUGUGGCGUCGGCAGGUUCUAGGCGGUUCGAGCUCCAGACAGAAUGAUCGAGGUUGUUUGCAACGACCGUCUGGGGAAGAAAGUCCGCGUGAAGUGCAACACCGAUGACACCAUCGGGGACCUUAAGAAGCUCAUCGCAGCCCAAACGGGUACCCGUUGGAACAAGAUCGUAUUAAAGAAGUGGUACACGAUUUUUAAGGACCACGUUUCUCUGGGAGACUAUGAAAUCCAUGAUGGGAUGAACCUGGAGCUUUAUUACCAAUAAAGUAGAAUUCCUUCCCCAUGCCUUGCCCCCCUCCCCUUCCCUCUUCUCCCACCCUCACCCCCCACACUGGUAUGGAUGCUU